GUCCAGAGAGGAGCUAGAGAAGGCUAUUGGCACUGCCGAGUUGGCGCUUUCAAGCGCCAAGCGCGCUUUGAAGAAAUCGGACGACAGUGACCUGAAGGGGUACGUCCAGCGCGCGGAUCAGCUCCAGAAAGAAAACCAGUCUCUAGACACGCACCGCCAGCAGCUUGAAAAAUCCAUCAAGGAGCAAGAACAUCUUGCUAGGAUGCAGCUCCAUGAGCAGGUACUGGUCAUGCCAGCCAGCAAGCACGAAGCUCCGGCAGUCGCCUCGGAAGACCUCCAGAGGCGGCUGGAAUCGAAGAGCGGCGAGGUCGAGCGCUUGGCCAAAGUCGUAGAAGAGCUGCGGCGGCGUGUCACUAUUCAGAAGGACAGACAGGAAUCCAUGCAGAAGGAGGAGAAGGGCGUGGCGAGCGCCUUUUCGGAGCUGCAAGAAGACAUGAGCAAAUGGGCAAAGUCCUCAUCGGAAGCUCAGGCAGAACGUUUGGAGAAGCUGAAGCAGGCCAAAGAGCAGGUUCAGCAGCAGCUGGUGAAGGGCAAAAACCAGCUCCGGGAAGCAAAAGGAAAGCUACGAAGCUCCGUGCAAAGCAUCGCGCAGCAGAGAGACCCCUUGGAGCUGGAGGCAAAAGUCCGGGCGCAGGCGGGAAGGCUUCGGGAGGCCCUAACAGGGGUUCUGCAAAGUAAUUCGGAGCCCGUGAAGUUCUGGUCCCAAGUCGAUGCAGAAGCCGAGGCCUUCGGCUUAGAGCCACCGGUUCGAGAACCGGCGCUAGCGAUGAACCCCAAGGCUUCCAGGGCGGAGGAUCCUGGAGCAGCGUCUGUGAGGACCGUUGGGGCUGAAGAGCACGUCAUAGGCACCGCUGCUCCAGGGGACGUCCAGGAAGGGCGAGUCCUUGCGUGCUGUUAA